AUGGCCCCUCUUCUCAAGUUUUCCGUGGCCUUGGCCCUCAUCUCAUCCGCUGUCGCUGCCCCCGUCAAGCCUCGCAGCGCCACCUGGAGUGCACUCAGCUCGAAGAUCAGUCGAGUUGUCGUUCUAAUGUUAGAGAACAGAUCAUUAGACAAUAUAGCCGGAUACUGGGACUACAGAGACGACAUUGACGGCCUCAGAAACAUCGAAUUCUGCAACGAGUACACCAACCCAAACUGGACGAUCUACAACGAACCCCUCAUGAUCUGUGCAAGUCCAUAUGAGACAGAAGUACCUCUGAACGACCCAGAUCACAACUUUGCUGGAGUCAGCUAUGAAAUCUACCGCAAAUGGCAGCCUACAGCAAGUGACACCCCUGAUAUGUCUGGUUUCAUUGAGCGCCAGUCAGAGAGAUACAAUGCAACACCCGGCGACAGCUCCUUUGUCAUCAAAGCCUACGACCCAGCAAAGGGGAGCACCUUGAUGGAGCUUGCAAAGAACUAUGCGUUCUUCGAUACUUAUCACGCCGAGCACCCGGGACCUACCAACCCUAACCGAAUGUUUCACACAUCGGGAUCAAGUUGUGGAUACGUCGACAACAAGGACACUCAAGCAACUGGCUGGUUUGCCAAUGUGACGGGCGUUUCGUGCGCCACCUCUAUCUUUGAAGCCCUUGACAACAAGAACAUCUCAUGGAAAAACUACUAUGAGAGCGACAUCAUCGAUUCGUACAUCUACAAGUGGGUCCAGGACAACUCUAUGGACAAAAUCGUCCACGCCGAUCAGUUCUUCGAGGACCUCAAGACCGGAAACCUACCGCAAUUCUCUUACAUCAAUCCUGAAUGCUGCACUGUUGACUCCAUGCACCCUACUAGCAACAUUGCCGCCGGAGAACUUUUGGUCAAACACAUCUAUGAUGCCAUUCGAAACUCCCCGUACUGGGAAGAGACACUCUUCAUUAUCAACUUCGACGAACACGGUGGCUUCGCCGACCACGUCCCUCCACCGACAGGUAUUCCUGCUCCUGAGGACGGCAUCGCCUUCUCUGGACUUUCCGAUGGUCACAACGUCACCUACGAUUUCACUCGUCUUGGUGUCCGUGUGCCUGCAUUCUUGAUCUCACCCUGGAUCCCAGCCAACACGCUCAUCCACGACGACGGGACUAUGUAUGCCGAGAACUCCGCAUACACGCAUACCUCGGUCCUCCACUUCCUGCAGGAGCUCUGGGGUCUCGAGGGUCUCAACAACCGUGUUCAAUGGGCCAAGACAUUUGAGCAUGUCUUCGCGGACACGAUGCAGCCCAACGGUGGCCUCCAGAGCCUGCCCAGCCCAGUCUGGCAUGGUGGUAGCGGUCAACCGGAGCCUGACGCUUUCCCGUUGUUGAACCAGGAUUACAGCUAUUAUGCGGCUUUGGACGACUAA